AUGUUUAGACACUUAAUCAGAGAGUACUCCAAGUCGUUUAUUGCCGGGGCCAGAACUAGCGCAGGCGCUAGCUCCACCCCCGUGGCCAUGAAAUCCCCCCUCACCAUCUACCACAACCCUGCCUCUCCCAUCUCGUCUCAGCUUUUGGCUAAGCUCUCCAACGCCUCCUCCACCAACCAGCUUGCUGAUCCCGCCAAGUUCUCGUUCAACCUCAAGACAAACCAGCUGCUCACAUUUGCCGACUACGAGUUCAUUGUCAACGAGUGCGCAGACAUCCACCCUCACAACACCCAUGUGGUGCGUCGCCUCCUCAACACCCCCAAGCACGCCCCCUUGUGCGUGUCGGACUUCCACAAGCUCUCACACACCGAGUUCCCGGUGAUCAUCGACUACGAUCACAAGUUGGUGGCAAACGACGAGGCCUCGUUUGAUCGCAUCAUGCAACACUACUUGCUGUGUGGCAUCCAGCACCUGACGAACCUGACUGCGGUGAAUUCCGCCAGAUCCCGCCCGCUGUCGCAGGCACACAUCCACCAGCACAGCUUGGUUCACCCACACGUUGCUGAAUUUGCCGACUUGUUUUAG